AUGCAAGGGCAAUCAGUGCACCAAUAUGGCACCACUAUGCAAGGGCAUGCAGGGCAACAACUUGGGCCGAACAUGUAUGCAAGCCCUCCCACGCAUCCAAAACUGAAUGCAGCCACGCCGCAAAAUCUCGCACCGCCUCACUCGCAGCCUCAGCCCAACGCACCUGCCAACCAGUACAGGCCAAACCCUGGGCCCGCGCAGUCAAAUGCCAGCGCGCCGGACGUGUUCACCGGCCCCCAGAUCCCCGUUCCUUACGUGCAGACAGCGCCCGCUUCCAUGCCACAGCCACAACAACGACGGCCACCUCAGAUGCAAGCCCAAGCCCCAGCUCAGCAACAACACGGGGGACACCAGUACGGGAACCAGACGCGACCGGGCGGGGGGAUGGCUGCGUAUCAGACAGCCCCCUUCCCCACACCCUUGCCAGGGACAGCGCCUGCUCAGCAGCAGAGGCCGUCCUACCCCGCACAUGUUCAAAAUAUAGGACCAGCACCGCCUGCACCGCCGCAGAUGCCGCAGAUGCCGCAGAUGCCGCAGAUGCCGCCUUUCCCACCACCUGGACAAGGGAUAGCGCCUGCACAACAGCAGAUGCAGCCAGUUGCACAGCAAACGCAGUAUUCCAGUGGGGGGUAUGGCAGUGCAACUGGCUCGUUUGCGCCGCAGCAGACGACUCCUGUGGCACAACAGAUGCCAUAUCCGAACGUUGCGUAUGGCCAAACAAGUGGUAUGCCGACAAGGCUGCAGCAGAUGAUGUAUCCAAAUGGUGCCUAUGGCAAUGUGAAUGGGGCAGGUGCAACGGGUUAUACGGCACCGCAGAUGCAAGUCCCAAACGGCCAAUAUGGCACAGGAAACGCUAUGGGUGCUUCUGGGUAUCCGCAGCAGCAGACGCAGUACAGGCAGGCAGGCUACAGCAAAGCGACGGCAGGGCACGGGGCACAGGCGGUUUCGUCAGUGCUCACGCAAGUGGGGAAAGCGGGGGUGGGGCAACUACUUGGGCCAAUGGGAAAAAUGCUUGUACCCAACAAGGACUCGAAGAGUCUGCUUAAAGCGGGUGCCAAGCUGCUGAAUGGCAAGAAGAAGAGUGGGAAUUCGAUCGAGGUUAAUUACGGGGAUUCGAACGUAUAUGUGGGUGACGGCGACGGUGGUGGUGAGUUUGACGCUGGUGGUGAUGAGUUUGACGUUGGUGGUGGUGGUGAGUUUGACGUUGGUGGUGGUGGUGACUUCGACUUUGGAGGCUGUGACGGUUUUGACGUUAGCUUUGAAUGAUGUGAGACUAAGAGGAAGUAAGAUUUGGAGUAGUUUACAGUGAGUUGUGAGCAGGGAGUGGGGGUGGAUGGAUUUUUGAGCUGCUCGAUGGCUUUGUAGGGUCAAGGAAAGAGAAGAAAGAGAAGAUCUUGAUAAGAUGUUGAUAUAUCGACCAUUAAGGUUCGACCAUUAAGGUAAUCUGUACAGUAGAGUAGAUUCAAAGGUUGACUUUGCGCGUUGAGCGUAGCGCUACCAUGGAAUAUACAUAAAACGAACGAGAAAUGGUUACGGUCUUG